CGGUUUUCUUCAACGCUUUGCGCCUCCUAAAGCACUACACAUACCGUGAGUGCCACUUAAGAGGCGGGAACCUUCGCAUGUAUCUGUGGACAUUCUUUGAGUCAGUGGAGGACUCCUGUUAACUUUGCUGGGUAUGACUGAGAAAAUGCACUUACGGAGGCGAGGGGGACCGUACAAGACAGAGCCGGCUACAGACCUGAGCCGCUGGAGGCUUUCCAAUGUCGAGGGCAGGCAGACCUGGUCAUACAUAGAGGAUGGGGGCUCCCCAAAAAGGGAACAGACCAUACUGGAGGCCCAUUCUUUAGGCUUAGACACGACUAAGUUUGUGCGCGACUCGCCGGCCUCCCACACGGCCACGGAUGCUGCCGUAAAAGGAAUGAACUUUUACAGUCACCUCCAAGCCGAGGACGGCCACUGGGCGGGGGACUACGGAGGCCCUCUCUUCCUGCUACCCGGCCUACUGAUUACUUGCCACAUCGCUAAGAUCCAUCUGGAGCAGGCCUGGAAGAAAGAGAUGGUGCGAUACCUGCGCUCUGUUCAGCUGCCCGAUGGAGGCUGGGGCCUACACGUGGAAGACAAGUCGACGGUGUUCGGCACGGCUCUGAGUUACACCUCGCUAAGGAUUCUGGGCGUCGAUCCGGAUGAUCCCGACAUGGUUCGAGCGAGGAAUAACCUGCACGGCAAAGGCGGCGCGGUGGGCAUCCCAUCCUGGGGAAAAUUCUGGUUGGCUAUUUUAAACGUCUACAACUGGGAAGGAAUGAACACGCUUCUACCAGAGAUGUGGUUGUUCCCCAGCUGGCUGCCGGCCCACCCGUCGACGCUGUGGUGCCACUGCCGCCAGGUGUACCUCCCCAUGAGCUUCUGUUACGCCGUGCGACUCGUCGCCGAGGAGGACGUCCUGGUCCUGGCCCUCAGACAGGAGCUUUACGUCCAAGACUACGCCACCAUCGACUGGCCAGCUCAGAGGAGCAACGUGGCCGCGUGUGACAUGUACACUCCCCACAGCACGCUGCUUUCUGUAUUCUAUACCGUGCUCAACGUGUACGAGGCCCACCACAGCGCCACGCUGAGAGCAAUGGCCGUCAAAGAACUGUACGAGCACAUCCAGGCUGACGACCGCUUCACCAAAUGCAUCAGCAUCGGCCCGAUCUCCAAGACGAUCAACAUGCUAGUCCGCUGGUACGUGGACGGACCCUCGUCGGAAGCCUUCCGGGAGCACGUGUCCAGGAUCCCCGACUAUCUCUGGCUGGGACUCGACGGUAUGAAAAUGCAGGGCACCAAUGGGUCUCAGCUUUGGGAUACUUGCUUUGCCGUUCAGGCUUUCCUUGAGGCCGGAGCCCAAGACAACCCCGCGCUAGCCGAGUGCCUUGGACGCGCCCACCGGUUUCUGACGCUCACACAGAUCCCGGAGAAUCCUCCCGAUUACCAAAAGUACUACCGGCAAAUGAACAAGGGGGGCUUCCCCUUCAGCACCCGCGACUGCGGCUGGAUCGUCGCCGACUGCACCGCCGAGGGCCUCAAGUCGCUGAUGCUGCUGCGUGAGCUGUGCCCCUCCGUCGGCGAGCCCGUGGGGCCGCAGCGCUUGUACGACGCCGUCAACGUGUUACUGAGCAUGAGAAACUCAGACGGCGGGUUUGCCACGUAUGAAACAAAGAGAGGGGGGAGACUUCUUGAGCUGCUCAACCCAUCGGAGGUGUUUGGUGACAUCAUGAUCGAUUACACGUAUGUGGAGUGUACGUCGGCAGUGAUGCAGGCGCUGGGCCAUUUCCGCAAGAUCCAUCCUGAACACCGCGCUGAGGAAAUUAGGAACACUCUAAGAGACGGCCUCGAUUACUGUCGGAGGGUGCAGAGGCCCGACGGAUCCUGGGAAGGGUCCUGGGGAGUGUGUUUCACCUACGGGACGUGGUUCGGCCUGGAAGCCUUCGCCUGUAUGGGACACGGCUAUCAGAGCAACGCUUGCGCGGAGGUGCGCAACGCCUGCCGCUUCCUGUUGGAUCGGCAGAUGCCCGACGGCGGCUGGGGGGAGGACUUUGAGUCGUGCGAGCAACGGCGCUACGUUCAGAGCAGCUCGCCGCAGAUCCACAACACCUGCUGGGCUCUGUUAGGGCUCAUGGCGGUCAGGCACCCUGACCAGCGGGCCAUCGAGAGAGGGGUCAAGCUGCUGAUAGACAAACAGCUGCCCAACGGAGACUGGCCCCAGGAGAACAUUUCCGGCGUGUUCAACAAGAGCUGCGCCAUUAGCUACACUUCCUAUAGGAACGUCUUCCCCAUUUGGACCCUGGGCCGCUUUGCUUCACUGUACCCCCGCAGUUCUCUAACAGGAAAGCUCAAACUGUGAACACCCGGAGCAUGGGGAGGGGGGGGGGGGCGACCUGGUCCAUUUCAACCAUGAAUUCCAAGACUGUGUGUAAGUGCCCCCACGGGAUAGUCCGCAGUGGCUUCAUAUUCAUCCGUGCUGAUUAAAGGAGCCCCAGCAUGGAACAUUAACUUUUUAAUUGCUUGUUUACAAGUGGUAACGUGUGAAAUUACACAACCGAGUCAAUCUUUUUACAAGACGCUCUUCUUGGAGUUCUGUCGAAUCGGGAUGUCACAAUUUUGUUCAUGUCGGCCAUAUCCUCACCACACUACUGUCUGCGCUACAGACGCAGAUGCGUGACGCUAAUUGGCAGGUGGAAGGAAGUGCUGCACAUUGCUCUGAAUCACUUUUUGUUUUUCUUCCUGGAGUGCUUUUGCUAAUUGUUAAUCAAUUUGAGAGGCAUCUUUGUCAUUUUGAGGAGUGUUUUUGUGUUUUUUUUUUUUUCCCUUCCUUCCCCCUGGAUCAUGUCGAGGUGUGGUUUCCAAUCGUCUAACGCAUUCUUCGGUCAUGAGCCUUUAUUCUUCAGGACAAUUGUUUGUUUUACAAUUGUCAUUGACAUACCUGAAGUUUCCCAUGGAACCAACACGAGGAGUGCCUCGCAAUGUGCCGGCGACAGCGAGCAGAUCUUUCACGAGGAUAGCGAGCCAGCGCUCAAGAGGCUGGUUUAUCCUGUUCUGACUUUUUCCAAGAAAUGACCCUUUCACUUUCCUGUUAGUCAUUUGCGUUCAUAUUCAUGGGUCCUUUUGACCCGGGGCCCGUUGACCUAGAACCGUCGGAAUGGAAAACGAUCCCAAUAAAUGUUGUUUAUAUCUCAUUGUUAUUUAUUUCAACACAGAUCUGAGCGGAGCUACUUUCAAGAUGAUUUUAACUUGAAUUGUUCAGCGACUAAGUUCAAACAUUCACUUCGACUUGCAUUAUAAUGGAUAGGUUUGUCCAAAGAUAUUUCUCAAAAUGACCUGGACAUCGAGUAGCUAUUCCUCUUUUACUAGUUUCUUGUCAUACAGUGCGCCUGGAAAGCACAGUUAUCCACCGAUAUGUAACGUGGGAAAAGUGAAGCAGCCGCACCUGCCUGCAGUCCAGACACGUUUUCAAUGGAACACAGGUCUGGACUGCAGGCAGGCCAGUCUAGUAGCCACACUCUCGGGGCAACUUGACUAAAAAAAUACAUCUGUUAUUUUAUUUUAUCAGAGUGAGUACUUUUCUAUCUGGGAUGAAAAUGUGAGAGAGAGAGAGAGAGAGAGAGAGAGAGCUCCGGCAGCUCCUACAGCGGCAGCCAACUUGACAUCUUCAAUGUCCACAACUUGUUGAAACGGCCGGUGCCACAGUGACUGUGCUGAUGGAAUGGUUUGUCUGAUUUUCUUUUGUGUGCAAAAGAGUCGCGUCGCGCCACAUCCAAUAUUUGCAUACGGUUGCAAUCCAAAACGAUCACAUGACCAGCAUCCGAAGGUGUGUCGGCAUUUUUGGGACUGUGACGGAACGUCUGGUGUUGCCAACGCCUUAUUCAAUUUACCCGCAGCAACAAAUAAGCGAGUUGCCGUAAAAGCGCAGUCAGUCCAAAGGUGAGCAAGUGUGGAUCAAAGCUCCAGCAAAAGGGUGUCGAGCUGAGAUUUGUUUUCAUCCAGGCAGAAAGCCAUCCUGCAAAGAUGCCCCUCAGAUAUCCUGUCUACCGACCCUACGUUUGUCAGCCGGCGUAUCAGCCGGCGUAUCGCCCCGUCGUGACUUGCGCUCCGCGGGUGUACUGUCCUCCGGCUCCAGUUUACGGACCCUACGGAGGAAGGCCCGUCGUCGGUGGAUUUCGGCCCGGCUACGGCUACAACUACAGCUACGGCUACGGGUAUAGACCUGGUCCUUGCAUCAGGCGUUGACUCAGUUUUGGUCAGCGGUUUUCGUCAGUUUGAUGUAUCGGCCUUGAAUUCAAUAAAUGACACGUGUG